GGCACCAUUGAGCCCACCUAAAUAGAGCUGGACCAGUUGGUCCACUUCUUCACCGGCAACAACAGUCUCACGUUUGGACUGGACUCGAUAUGAGCUGAGGAACCCGCCCCGUGUUAUCAUGAACUUUGACACCUUUAACGGGUGAGAGUUUCCUCGUUGUGCUCGUGUUAGACUAGUAGAAAUAGCGUAGUUUUGGAUGUUUUUGUGACUUGGUUCGUGCUAGCGCUCCGUUUGGUGUUUGUGAAGUGGGACAUCCCCAAAUAGACAACACACUGCCUUCCUCCUUUACCACGGAGCCCUUCCUGCAGUACAAUCACAGUGCAAUGACGCUACUGCUGCUGUCUUUGAAUCUUGUGCUGGAAUAGCGAGACAUGUGCGCCAGAUAGGCAACGUCUGGUCUCGCCCAAGCCCACCCGGAGGACCCUCACGCGGAACGACAGUCGGAGGAGGAUCGUCUUUACGCGCGCGCAACAACCGAAGCAGAAACGACUUCACGAAAUGUUUGAAGCCUCCGGGAUCACGCUUGUCCUCGCCGAUGUCGGCUGUCUCGUUCUAGUUGCUCUUCCAUUCCUUAUCUUGACUCCUCAACACAACCCCUUCAAGCGAGGAUUCUUCUGCAAUGAUGAGUCUAUCAGAUAUCCCCUCAAAGAUGACACGAUAUCCUACCAGCUGCUUGGAGGAGUUAUGAUCCCAUUCACACUCAUAGUGCUCGUAUGCGGUGAGUGCCUUUCUGUUUACCUGUCCCGCAUCAGGAACCAGUCUGUGGGCACUCGAUAUGUGGCGCGUGUCUACAAAGCAGUUGGGAGUUACGUGUUUGGAGCUGCUGCUAGCCAGUCGCUAACAGACAUAGCUAAGUACACCAUUGGGCGUUUGCGACCCAACUUCCUGGCUGUGUGUCAACCCUCAUGGGACAAGAUUAACUGUAAUGCCGGGGGAUACGUGGAGAACUUCACCUGCGCUGGAGAGUCGUUUCUGGUGGAUGAGGCCAGGCUCUCCUUCUACUCUGGGCACUCGUCUUUUUCCAUGUACUGUAUGAUGUUUAUUGUACUGUACAUUCAAGCCAGACUCAAGUCAAACUGGACCAGGCUCCUGCGUCCCACCUUCCAGUUUUUCCUGAUUGCGACAGCUGUUUAUGUGGGACUGUCCCGAGUGUCCGACUAUAAGCACCACUGGAGUGACGUCCUGAUGGGGCUCCUGCAGGGAGGGCUGGUGGCCAUUUUAAAUGUUGUCUGUGUGACCAACUUCUUCAAGCAGCCAUUCAAUCCAGUGGUAUCACAAGAAGAAGAAGAUGCCACACAGACAAAUUUACAAGAAAACCCGUCUCGAGAAAACCACUAUGGAAGCACGGGCUGAAACCAAAGAACUUCCACAUCACAUUUUGCCUUUAGCUGCUAAGUACUGUGCACACUACGGGUGACAAAAUCUUGCACUAAGACACGAGUUUUUGUUUUAUCUUAUUUGAAAAUUGUUUUUAUUGUGAAACAAAAACGGUUUUAUGUUUGAUGUCCUAACAAAACCCAGCUUUUUUUACUUUGCGGUAAUGUGGCUACGAAUGUACAGUAAGUUUGUGUUAUGCUGCCAAUCAUGAAUGAGUUCCUUUUGCCUGGUGUAUAAUGAGCAUCUGUGUGCAGACCAUUGGCCCUGUUCAACCUGUGAAAAUGAAACCCGGGAUGUCUGUAAACUAAAAGAAGACUGAACAACGAAAUAAUUUAUAUAUUUUUUGCCUUAGACUAAUAAUAUUGCAUUUCAGAACAGUGGAAUUCAGUUUUUUAAAUGUAAUUAUUGUAAUGAUUUUUUUUUACUAUGGACAAAUAUAAUGAUCUCGUGUUGAACAAAACAGAAAGAUUAAACUUUUUUUACUUAAACAUGUAACAAAGGGUGACAUUGGCUCAGUUGGUAGAGUGUUUUCCCACUGAUGAGAGGGUUGGUGGUUCGAAUCCCACUCUUGACAUAAACCUCAUUGGUGGAGCAGUCGUAUUCACUGACCCACAGGUUGGUGGUGUGAUUCAGCUUCCACAGAUGAAUGUUGUUUGUCGUGUCUUUUGGCAAGACACUGAACUCACCUCCUGUGUCUGCAUACACUGGUGUAUGAAUGUGUGUGAGUGCCUUGAAGCGCUAUAUAAAAAUCUGACCAUUUACCAUAACAUAAAGGUGCACUGUGUAAUUUUUCCAGUAUAGGCUCCGCUUGCCCAUGGACACAGCUUUGCCUGGAAUGUUCAACAGUAUGGUAAUAAACUUCUAUCACCAAAGAGACAAGCAGGUAACCCCCACCAGGUCAGAUCUGUGGAGAGGUGACCCUGCUCACUGCAAGAAUACUCCAUGUAUUUUUGAGCAAUUGACUAAAUACAAGAAAAAAUAUUAAACGUCCUAUAUUCUGCAAAAUCGACUCUUGUGAGUUUUAAGCCAUGUUUAACAUGCCAUAAUGUUGUUACUUCCUCAAAAACAUACAUUUAUAUACAUCCAUUAUCUGCUUGUUUACGUCUCCAGAGCUCAGAAUGCUCUGUUCCACCUUGUGAUGUCAUAAAGUGGUAGUUUUCAAUUUAACAGCUCCCUUUUACCUUUUAUGUUCAGUAGAGAUUGGUAAUUCCAGGUCUGAAAUAAUCUAAAUGAUUCUAGUGAAGGUGUAUGGAGUUUACAAACACAGUGGAGCACUUCCUGUAUUACCACAUGACAUCACAACGUGGAGUUUUCUGUUUAAGAGAAGAAUUCAGCCUAAAUAUGCGUAGUUUGUGUGUUAAACAUGUAUGAAUGAAACAAAACAACCCCAGGUAUACCUUUGAUGAGGAAACAACAUUAUAGCAUGGAUCAGAAAAUUGCGUAAUAUAGGCCCUUUAAUGCAAUGCUACGGAACUUUCCAGUCAAAGUGGCAACAUCUUCAUGGAGACAAGAAGGUGGGGUACUGUUUAAAUUAGACAAAACUUCACAUUGUGCCUUAGAGCAGAGUAAAAAGAGAGAAAUUUGAGUAGAGCCAUGUACAGACAAUAGUCUGGGUGGGUCUGUUGUAGCUACACCACUGAAACCACCAACAUGCAAAUACAGGUGCUCAUACUGAUGUCAUAUGAAAAGUAAUGUAGUUGUGGCAGUUAGGGCCACAAUUAUUUUAGUUAUAUUUUAAAGGGUUAUUUGAAAGUAAAAUUUAAAGUUAUCUAUAUUCUUCCUCCACAGGUUAUCAUUUAUUUGUCAUGUGAAUGUGGUAAAUAGUCACAUUUUUAUAUAAUGCUUUCCCACCUUCAAUGCGCUUUACAUCAACGAACCUCUCACUCAUUCACACACACACAUUCAUACACCAGUGUACACAGACACCUUAAGGUGAGGUGGGUUAAAUGUCUUGCCCAAAGACACAACAACGUUCAUCUGUGGGAGCUGGAAUCACACUGCCAACCUGUGGGUCAGUGGAUCAGAUGACUUUACCAAUGAUGUUUUAUGUUGAAAGCUGAAUUCAAACUGAAACCUUUGGAUCAGUGGGCAAACACUUUACCAACUGAGCUACUGUUAAAAGCAUCUUUGCUCUAGAUUUUGUGGGGCUGAACAAGUGCUCAUUUAAUUUAGACUAGAACAAUUAUUUUUUCAGUUAUGCCAUUUUUAUAAUUAAUUUGAGCAAUAAAUGUAAUGUUGAUUCAAACCUCAUUAAUUGCAAAAACUUCAUAACAGUGAUUACAAAAUUGCAUUUGUGAAGAAAUGAUUAUGGCCUACCCUUUGUUUAAUCAAAGUUCAAUUUGUAGUAUUUUUUAUUUCUAUUUUCUAAAUUUUAUUUUAUUUUUCUAUAGAUUAAAUUAAAUUACACUUUACUCAACAGAGGGUUUGACAACAUUAGUGACAGAAGCACAGCAGACAGGUGCCACCAUGGCCAAAGCUUAGGCCACAAUCCAAUUAUACACAUGACCUGACCGGGUGGAGAUGCAGAGUUCCCAUAAUGCACUAAGGCUGCAGUAGCUUCCAAUCCAAUGCGAUAUAAAGUGUCCCAGGGUCAGAUUCUGUUUACUCGUGAAAUCUGGGCCCAUUGCUGUUCAAAUAACACAAAUGUCCUAGACUUAUAGUUUCUGGGAAUGUGCGAAUGAGUUACAUGUUGUAAAUUCUUGUGACCUCUAUUGUUUGCUGGAGUCAGCAGACACUGGUGAAGUAAUUUGUUUUGGAGGACAACAUGUAUUUUUUUGAGAAUGUAGUUGAAUGUAGCCUCUCAUAAUAUAGUC